AUGGUCCCUAUAGGAAAGACAACAUCAAGAAAGAAGAAGACAAGAACAACAAAAGGAAGAAAACUCACAAGAAGCAGCCACUUCAAGAACCAACAACUAGAGAGCAAAAAACAAGAAACAUCCUCCGAAAACAAGGACAGGAACAUGGAUUCUGAUAAGGUUGUUGAAGAUGUUUCUGUUCCCCCAACAAGUAAGAGUAUAUGCUCAACACCAAAAGGUCAAAAGUUUCGGAUACCAGAAAUCUCAACAUGUCCACCAGCACCAAAGAAGCAAAGACAAAGAGUGCUUUCAAAUUUCUCUCUUCGUAGAACUUUUUUUGCACCACCAGACUUGGAGAUGUUUCUGUGUGUUGCACUUCAAGAUUCUCCAGUUUCAAUUUUUUGCUAG